AUGCUUAUUUUAGAUCCUCAAGUCACAGGAAGUGGAUUUAACAAGGUCUCUCACACACACACACACACACACACACACACACACACACACACACACACACACACACACACACACACAGCAUAUUAUACUGUACGUAUUUACACACACACAUAGACACACACACACGCCAUAGCCACAAACUUCUGCAAGUCAGUACAUGAGAAAAAGAGGAACACUGCAAGAGGAAUGAAGACACAGAAGCCAAAAGAAGACACCAGGGAGAGAUAAGAAGAGAGUGUGCAAAAAGAGACAGACAAACUGAGAAAGAGGAAAGCAUAAAUAGAAAAGGAAAGACACGAUAGAGAGAUAAACAUAACGCAGGGAGAGAGAGAGAGAGAGGUAGACACAGAGACAGUUGGGCUGAUGAAUGAUGGAGAGAGACAUCAGAAAGAAAGGGAUGCUCUAUCACUACCAGCAACGCUUUGGGAAGAAAUGGAAGAAGGUAUGGGCUGAGGCUGUAGCCGACAGCACUCACAGCAUCUCCCGCAUGGAACUCUUCGACUUCAGCAAGUCCUCGUCGAAGGAGAGUAAAAAACGUGUCGAGGGUAAGAAGGUGAUCGUGAUGAGAGACUGCAUCAAGAUAACAGAGGGAGAGAAUGAAGGAUGUCCUAAAGAAUGCACCACCUUCAUGCUUGAAACCACAGACAAGACGCACACGUUCGCCUCUCCGACCUCGGAGCUGCAGAGUUGGAUCACGGAGCUGUGCAAGUUGGCAUUUCCUUUCAAUCAGGUUGAGUGUCGAUCACAGAUGCAGGAGCAUCAUCAACCUGUCGAGAUGCAGGAGAACACACUGUACGGCACCACCCAGAGCAUGCGGGAUUUCCUGGUAAUUUCCGUGGCUACGGAGGCGGCGUUACGAUGUCAGCUCUUCGGAGAAUACAUUCUUACACCACAAUAUGACUCUUUACUCCUAAAGGACCACAAAACGAAUGAGGUUCUCCUCACAUGGCCGUAUCGCUUUGUCAGGAAAUUUGGUCAAGACAUGCUGUCUUUUAACUUCGAAGCAGGUCGCAGGUGCGAGUCUGGCGAAGGCUACUUUGAAUUUGUAACGAGUCAUAGCGAUCACCUCUUCACAAUCAUCAGUGCUGCUCUCAAGAAUCUUCCAAAAGUGGAACCAAGACCCAAACAUCAAGAAACAUCUGGAACAAAACCCAAAGAGCAGCAGAUGGCCCAGAAUUCCCAGCAAUCCCAAACACCUCCAACACAGAUGAAGCAUCCAAAGAAAAAACUGAUUACAAGCCUUUCACUGGACUCCAACUUGAGUGAUCAUCCCAAAGACAGCAAAGUGAAAAGCGUUAACAGCGCUCCUCCUCUCUCAAGUAAUGUCCAAGAUCCAGUUUACGCCAGGAUUAGCAGACCAUUACACUCGAAGAGCAACAAGGACUACAAGAACCAACAUCUUGGCCCACUUCCUGACUUUGUCACUCUCUCUGAGGACAUUUCCAGUGUCCUGGAAGAAAAAGAAGGAGAGGUAGAAGAAGAUGAUGAUGAAGAAGAAGAUCAGAUGAGCUCAGAGCAAUUAGUCAUCCAUAGUAAAUUUCAGGACUCUGAUGCUGAAACUAUUUAUUCAGAAGUGAAAAGUUAUGAUGAUUAUGGAGGCAAGAAUGAGGCUGUUGACAACAUAGAAGACUGUACGUAUUUCUGUGAACCUCAUUCAGCCAGUCUACCUGUCUGCUCUGACCUCAAAGACUUUCAAGCUGUAGGUUUCAACAAGAACUAUAAGAACCUACAGUUUGGUUCACAGUCUAAUUUUUUAAAGCCUUCUCAAGACAUAUCUUGUAUGGGUCAAGAAGAGCAGCUGGAUAUGUCUAUGGAGCAAUUAGCUAUCCACUGGAACCCUGAUGUCUAUGGAGCUGAAAGCACGUACCCACAAGAAACACAUUCUUAUGAUUACAGGAGCACUGAUGAGUCUGUGGACAAUGUAGAAGGUCAAGAAUAUUUCUACCCACCUUGUGCAUCUGAUACACACUUCAAAAAGGGUCCCUCCAACCUUGAAGACUCUCAAGCUGAGGAAUAUUCCACCUAUGAUAAUUUACCCAAAAGGCUAUAAUUUAUCUAUGAUUGUUUUGCGUUGGUCCUUAUAAACAUUCUAUACAUUUUUAAUGCACAUUAUAGUAUACAGACAAGUGAUAAAACCACCCCCACAGCAUAGCAGAUCCACCGAACCCUCUUAAAUAUUCAGGUCUGAACUCUUCUGUUGGUCUGUGUGACCAUGUACGUUUUCUCUCAUCUAUUUUUUAAGAGUAUGGUUUAAAAAAAAAGUCUCAUCAGAUGUCACUUCUGCAUUUCUGUAGACCAAAGACUGUGGUUUUAACAUUUCACUAAAGAACACUGAAGACUAGUUUGCUACAGAGUGCUGUUUAUCACCUCAAGAAGUUGGAAAUGGCUGCCUCCAGAUCCCUGAUGAUCAAAUUAGCAUUCAGAUUUCUGAUGAGCGAUUCUUCAGAUGAGUGCUUUUCAGCAUUGUUUAUUGACUUCACAAGCUUCAUAACUGGCUACACUGAUCAUCUACUGAUUUUAAUGAUCGCCUCGAAAGCCAUGAUCACCACCAGCAGAGGCCUGGUCUAUUGAUGGUGGUAGAGUGCUACUGAUCACAUCCAGAUCACAGAUGAUUGACUCUUGAUUUGAGACGAUGGAUUCCAGAGUCUUGGUUAUUGCCUGCACAGCCCUGAUGUUCAUCUCCAAGGCUUUGAUGAUUGGCAACAUGUCCAGAUCCUCAAUGAUGGGCUGGAGUGUUAACGAUGGGAUUACUGAUGAUUGCUCCAAAGCUCUGAUAAUCGGCUCCAAAACUCUGAUGGUUGCCUCCAGAACACUGACAAGUCUGUAGGUGCUAAAGAAGGCUCCUAAAGAAGGUUAGGGCCACUGGAGGCCAGGAGUGAACGGUGUUAGCAGCCUAGAGGGUCGUUAGGGUGAUCUGUGGGUCAUUGGCUUUCUCUGCCAUUAUGUGAGUCAUGACAACCUACAGGAUGACUGAGAGGGUCAACGACCCAUGUGACCUCAACAACUCUCAUUAGGGUUGCUUUUGGUCCACUAGAGGAUAAAUACCUGAAACUCUCCACUAGUCAGACAGAACUGAAGAAGCUUUUCGGAUGAGAGGAGAAACGUCUUCAAGGCUUUCAAGCAAAUCCAGUUACACCUAUGGACUACGAUGACCUGGAUGACUGAGAACCUUCACAGACAUAUGAACAUUGACAAGCUUUUCCAGACCACUGCUGAGUGACUGGGUGACAUGGCGCUGUCAGCUCACAGGUAGAAGGUUCUGGUUUCGAGCCCAGUGGCCAAAAGAAGCCUUUCUGUGUGGAGUUUGCAUGUUCUCCCCAUGUCUGCGUGGGUUUCCUCCGGGUGCUUCGGUUUCCCCCACAGUCCAAAGACAUGCGAUUGUGUUAACUGGCUACUCGAAAUCGUCCAUUGAUCAAUCUUGGAGAGGGACAAGCUCCGCCAAUUUUAAAAUGCCCUAGACACACCAAUGAUAGACUGUUAAAAUGUCAUCAGUGGUGCCCCUACGGCCCUUGUCGGUUAUGGGACAAAGAAGAAGCUGAAUAACUUUGGAAUAGAGGACGAAUGAUUGACUCUAGAACCUUGAGUAUCGAUUACAGAGUCUUGAUAAUUACUUAAUUACUUCAUGAGACCUAAUGAUGGACUCUAGAGUGCUGAUCAUAAUCAGGUUUCGCUAAUGUUCAUUUCCAGAUCCAUAAAGAUUGACACCAGAAAACUGAUUACAGUGAUAAUCAGUUCCAGAACACUGAAGAUCAGCGGACUCAUAUAUUAUGGUUUAUCAUCAACAUUUCUUUUUUUUUUUUUUUACCAUUAAGGCAUAUAACACAACUUUGGUUCAUUGUUUCAUCUUUAUCAUAUAUCAACUCACAUACAAGUAAGGGACUUGUUUCAGGUAGUUUGUUAGGUUCCUAUGUUCCACAGCUAGUUUAAAGGAUGGACAGAUCCUUCCAAUGCUGAUGGUUCUGUUUUGAGAAUUAAUCAAUCCUCAUAAAAAAAAAAAAAAUCGACAACAGGUAGCAUAUUUAAGGAGUGAUUUUAUUAACUUCAUUUUAUUCUUUUAUUUAUUUUUUUAAAAAUUGUUGCUUAGGAUAGGAACUACUUUUCCUUUCCCCUUCUUGCUCCUCUCCCAACAGCUUAAGGAAAGCAGUAGCAGUACACACAGAGAAACAGAUUCUGCCAGUUAAUCAGUCGCUCAAUGGCACAAAGGAAAGGAAGCAUUGUUGUUGAACAUUCGUGAACCUGUUGAUCUAAAGAAUAACUCCUGAAAAGGAUGCUAAUGGAAAUAAACGUUUGUUGGACAUUCUUGAA